AGACUCUAGAAUGGGAUCACACAUGCGCAGAACCUACUUCCGUUGAAUAAAUAUAGAAGCGGAAGUUGUUACCUACUGGGGGCGCCUUUCUUCAAACAGAGCCGUAUGAGUGUCUGAAUUACAAUUUUUGCCGCAAUGCCUCUGUCAACCCAGUCGCAAGCCGAUAAUGAACAAUACGUUUUAGUGGCCAGUUUGGACAAUGCUCGCAAUCUGUCCAACAUACUGAAAGCCAUCACCUUCAAAGACCAUGCCAUCUUCAGCGCCACACCCAACGGCCUGAAGGUCACUGUAGAGGACUCCAAAUGUCUGCAAGCCAAUGCCUUCAUCCAGGCUGAGAUUUUCCAAGAGUUCACCAUAAGGGAAGAUUUGGUGGGUUUUCAAGUCAAUCUCACUGUUCUGAUGGACUGCCUCAAUAUCUUUGGAGGAAGCACAGUACCAGGAGUAUCAACAGCUUUACGGAUGUGCUACAGGGGGUACGGUUACCCUCUAACCCUGUUCCUGGAGGAGGGUGGGGUGGUGACUGUGUGCAAGAUCAACACACAAGAACCAGAAGAGCCUAUUGACUUUGAGUUCUGCAGCACCAACGUCACAAACAAGGUGAUCCUGCUGUCAGAGAGCCUGAAGGAAGCCUUCUCUGAGCUGGACAUGACCAGUGAGGUGCUACAGAUCACCAUGUCCCCCAGCCAGCCAUACUUUAGGUUGUCGACAUUUGGGAACUCUGGAAAUGCCCAUUAUGAUUAUCCCAAAGACUCUGACAUGAUGGAGCUGUUCCGAUGCACCAAGACCCAAACCAACAGGUACAAGAUGUCCCUGCUGAAGCCGUCCACCAAAGCCCUGGCUUUGUCCUUUAAAGUCUCUGUGAGGACAGACAGCAGGGGCUUCCUCUCUCUGCAGUACUUGGUCAGGAACGACAACGGACAGAUUUGCUUUGUAGAAUAUUUUUGUUGUCCUGACGAGGAGGCGGAGGAGGAGUGAUAACAGUCCAGUGAAUUCCCAUUUUACAUAAGCACCUUAACUUCAGUGGUGGCCAGUUGCUUUGAAUGAGAAGGCAGUCUGCCAGAGGAGGCAGUACAGCCAGUGGGUUGCACACAGGAAAGAAAUGCUGGACUUAAUGGGCAUAAUGGAUAAUGGACACAGUGGGAAAGGUUGCGUUGUUUUAACAUUAUCAACUGGUUCAUCAUUUACCAAACAAUCACACUUGAGUGGAGCAUUACCACUGGAUUUGUGGAAAGAUAAUGUCAACUUCCUAGUCUUGUUAUGUACCUGUUGUAGUAGUAGUAGUUAAACCACUACAAUACUGAGUUCAUACUUUCAUAGAUACAGAAAGUCAUUGUAUGUACAGUUACUGUAUUUUGUAUUGUUUGUUACUAUGGAGACCCAGGUAUUUUGUGUCAGAAGUCCCUCUACAUGUAAACAUUGCCUGUAACUUCAUGAGUCUACAUGGUUUGUAGUCCAAUUGCAGCCAUGAUCUGGCUGCGUUCAGUAUUUGGUCUCAUCUUUCUGGAGCUUCUUCUGACCUGGCCCAUAAAACAAGACAAGGCACUUUAAUACAUGUUUCUCAAAGUGUCUAGUGUAGUGUGUGUGUGUAUACACUGUACAGUAUGUCUACUCUCCACACGCCUUAGAUUUCUCUGCACAUACAUUGCUCUAAUUGUCCAGGUUGAAUGUGUAUGCUGACACCUUUUGACAACCAUUUGUUUGGCGUAUACAUCAGAUUAUAUUGACAGUAUGUUUGAAUUGUUUUAUUUCCAUGACAUAGAAAACAACUGUAGUUAAAAGCAAUAAACUUUUUUUACAUUAA